AUAAGGUUGAGCCUGCCGCCUGGCCGUUAGGUACCGGGGUCCAGCUAACUUCACCGGUUAACUAUGCCCGGAAAAUGUAAAUUCCAGGACUCCUGGCUCUCAAAGACAAUUUACAAGGACUGGCUGGUUAAGGACGUCCAAGACAUUCACUUCGCCCGAUGCAGGGCCUGUUGUAAAUCAAUCAAACUUCAGACCAUGGGCGAGGCUGCUCUCACCAGCCACGCAGGGGGAGCUGGCCACAAAGCAGCCGUACGCAAGCUAAUGGAAGCAUGCAAUGUGAUGCCGAUAAAUCUCGCUGGGCAGAUAAAUGGCAGCGUGAAUCAGUUUCAGACUGAGGACAGCAAGGAGCAAGUGGCCAUCUGCCUCCAGCGUGACGCCUCGGACAGAAUAACGGGCAGCGACUGGUCCAGUCGGCGCCAGAGCCCCACUACAAACUCCACCUACCACAAUGCAGAGCUACAGGAUGUGACAUUUGCUACUUACUUCACAGCACCAGGCAGGUACCGGCUCAACAACCAGCGUCUCCAGCUGACGGGCAGCGAGGCGCAGGACGCGACCCGCGGCCCGACUCAGCACUACUCGGCAGACCUGUCGAGACUGGAGCAGCAGCAGAGAGUGGAAGCUCUGGAGCAGCAGCAGCAGAUGAAGAUCCUGGAGUGGGAGAACAGGAUGAAGGUGCUGGCGUGGGAGCAGGAGCUGGUGAAGGAGAAGAGGAGAGCCGCUCGGCAAAAGGAGAAGGCCUUCAGGAUGAAGAAAGCUUACUACAAAGCCAAGCUAAAGAGGAUGGGCGAGGACCUGUUGCCAUCGUCCUCCAGCAGCAGUGAUGAAGAGGAGAAAACAUCUGAUCCGACAGGAUGAACUGUUUCAACUGUUGUAUUUUUAUUAGUGCAGUGUAUUUUUUUGUUUGUCUAUAUGCCAUGGAACUGUUACUAUUUUUAUACAUUGUUUUGUAUUUCAAUGCAAAAGAAAAAUUCUCAGUUGCUUUUAAUUAGAUAUUCUUGCAAAAAGAGGGAACAUCACUGAUUAUUGAGAUUACUUGGGUUGCAGACUACUCAAAAGUACAAAUGGUACUGGUAACAGUUACAUUAUUCCAUAUUGUCAAACUAGCAAACAAUCUCUCUGCAACAUGAUAACCACCUUCUCUGAGUAAGCUUUGCAAAGAUAUUCAAAUUAAACUAAAUUGUUAGUUGAGUACAACGCUUCAUUUAAGAUCAACCCAAGUAAAAGAUGUGGUACUAAUAGACCUUUUAGAAGUACAUGGAUAUGCUAUGAAGCAGAUGAACAUCUUGUAAAAAAGCCUCCGACACGUAAAAGGGUUGAGAUCAAAAUCCAUAUCUUGUUUUAUCGGUUAUUCAUCACAAUGUGUCUUCCGUAUUCAAACUUACAUGAUGUGAGGUUGAUAGUGUAUGUAAAGGCCAUAGCCUUAUUCUAGGAAGAACAGCAUUUUAAAGAACGUAUGAAAUGACGUUCGUAAAUGGACAUUCUAAUCAUUUGACUUGCAUAGCUUCUUUUGCAUGUUAAUGUGAGUAGGUAUGCUUACACUUUAGUCUUUGCUUUGUAAAUAAAUUUGCAUUUGGUACAGAGUUGGAGAUGACAACAGGCAGGUGACAAAUCAAAGAAAAAACCUGAAGACAUACACGUGGCCAAAAGUACAGUAUGUGGCCGCAAUGGCAGCCUCUGCUGAUUUUUGGACCCGUCAGCUGGGAUUUGCUACAAAAGCAUCAAUUACUAUGUUGGUAUAGUUACGUGCUUUAACUAUUUCGGAGCUUUAGAGGUGCUGGUAGGCACAUUUUUAAACUCUGGACAGAAGGCCUGCUGAUUCCCCCUGCUUCCAGUCGUUAACUAAACUAAGCUCAUUGCUUCCUGGCUUCAAUGCAGAGACGCGAGAGUAGUACUGAUCUUCAUAUCUAACUCGUCAAAAAAAUUUAAGCAAAAUAUCUCUUUGUCACCCUUAUGUGUUACAGCAAACAUUUCUUUGUAUUGUACUAGCUGCGACUAAGUCAUACUAUUACAAAACUGACUUGAUUAAUCAGUUGUUGUUUCAGCCCCUGCAGGUCUAAAUCUAAAGUUUAUUCAAGGCCUGGUUAUAUUGUCUCAGCUGGUGAGUGUUUUUGCUGAGAGUCAGCAGAGGUGGCAUCUGAACAUCUCUGACGCCUCUGAAUGUGACAGAAUACUUGUCAGAGAGAGAGCCCUCCAGAAAAAAAGUGUUCCUCUGUCAGGACGUUUCCUCUGCUCAUUUUUCUGCACAUGGAAAUGUCUGUUCUCAUGAAUAUGAAACGGCACACGCAGAAUAAAUAUCAACACAGCCGUGUAGGAAUGUCA